AUAUAUAAAUAAACUCCACGUUGAUAAGAAUCAUUCAUCAACGGUUAAGAGUUGUAACAACCACUACAAUGAACUCUCUUUUGGUAAUUCUAUCAGCUUUUAUAGUAGCAGUCUUAGCUCUUCCCCAUCAUGAUCAUCAUACUCCAGCACAUUACAAAUUCGACUAUGGUGUACAGGAUCCACAUACUCAUGACGUGAAAUCUCAAUGGGAACAUAGAGAUGGAGACCACGUGAAAGGAGCCUACACUUUGAAAGAAGCUGAUGGUACCACCAGGUUGGUGGAAUACACUGCUGGACCUCAUUCUGGAUUUAACGCUGUUGUGAAGAGGAUAGGCCAUGCUCAUCAUCCAGCUCAUUAUGGUCAUCAUGAAAGUGCUCAUCAAGGUGGACAUGGAGGAGACAGUUUUGUUGGGGUGACACAUUGGGGUUUCCAACAUUAACUUUGAUAGUGAUCUAUUUUUGUUAUAUUGUUGAAUAAAAAAUGUUGAAGAA